CGACGCCAUGGACGGGGAUGAUUGUCGCAGGCAGGCUGUUGCCGCGGUCAGCCGUCCCCGACGCUGCCUUUGACUACACCGUUGCUUGCUCCAGGCUGCAUGCCGACGCCUCCCCUCUCAGAUUUUGAUUCGACGGAACGAGACACAUGGCGAAAAGCGGCAGAGCAGCCACGGGAUUGGACGUCGUCCCAGCAGGCUUCGAGAGCCGUGAGCACGGGCAAACCAACGGUGGAGAUCAUUCUCUCACUGCGACUGCGAGUCCUCUGCUCUCUCUCUCUCUCUCCCUCCCUUGGAUCUCUCUACAAAUACCACUCCACCUCGCUUUCGCAAUACACAAACACAACACAAGUGUGUUUCGUUUCCGUCCAGCAGGAAGCUAGCCUCGGCGUCCGACAUGGCCGGCGAGAAGACGGCGUCGUCCGGCGCCACCGAUCUGGUGGAUCCCGCGACGGCGACGGCUACGGCGCAGAAGAAGCCGCGGGGGCGGCCGCUGGGGUCCAAGAACAAGCCGAAGCCGCCGGUGGUGGUGACGCGGGAGAGCGAGGCGGCGAUGCGGCCCGUGGUGCUGGAGCUGGCGGCGGGGUGCGACGUGGUGGGCGCGGUGGCGGCGUUCGCGCGCCGCCGCCGCGUGGGCGUGUCCGUGCUCUGCGGGCGCGGCGCCGUCGCCGCCGUCACGCUGCGCCUGGCCGCGUCCUCCGCCGCGGUCACGCUGCACGGGCGGUUCGAGGUGCUGGCGCUGUCCGGGACCGUGGUGCCGUCGUCGUCGUCGGCGUCGGCGUCCGCGCCGGCGUUCUCGGUGUCGCUGGCCGGGGAGGGCGGGCAGGUGAUCGGCGGGACCCUGGCGGGGGAGAUGACUGCCGCGGAUGGGGUGGUCGUGGUGGCCGCCGUGUUCGGGAGCGCCCAGGUGCACCGGCUGCCCGCCGCUGGCGCGGAGGACGAGGACAGCGGCGGUGGAAGGGAGGAGGGAAUGCGCGCGCAGGUGGCCGUGGGACUGGGUGGCACUGGCACCGGCGGCGGCCUCGUGGUCGUGGGGCGGCAGCACGCGCAGCAGCUGCCAGAGGUGGGUCUGUGGGGCCAGCAGCCGACGCCCGCUCACGUUCGCGGACCGGUCCACGCUCUGCCCCGUUUCUAGAGGCAGUUGGCAGCUGCAUGGCGUCCUUGUGCUUGGCGCGUGACGCUCUUUUGCCCGGACACGGAGACGGCUCCCUCCGUUUUUGGUGGCGGUGCCUUCAGACUGUCUUCAGCGGUUCCCCCUAAAUUUGUCCCCCUAUUUCCCACUCACGUGCCACGUCAGCAAUCUCUCUCCCCCUAUAUCUCCACGCUCUACAGCGGUUCCCCCUAUAACAAUCCUCUAUACCCCACCACACCAAUAUUAUAUACUUUCCUCAUCAACUAACUCAACUACCAUGAAAUCUUAAAAUUAUUUUUAUUAAUUAUUUGCAUAGUACACGGGGCAUUUUCGGUCUACAUGUAAUUAGCGAACUUAAUAAUUGCUAUUAAUACGUUAGUUUUAAUACGUUACGAUU